UAUUCUCCUCACAAUAUAUUUAAUUUCAACUUUUCCAUCGCCACUUUGUCAGGACUCAGCCAGCAGGGCCGUGCAGCUUGCUGCCGGCUCUGCUGCCUCAGACUCUUUCCACAGGUGUUCUGGGUUGAUUGGUGGGCGGAGCCCACACACCUGUGGGCGGUUGAGCGGCAUCGGGAGGCACUACUUAAACACCACGCAGACAGCGAGAGGAUGCCAGAGUGUUACCGUCGUGGUACCUCCUCGUGUCAGUUCUCUUCCUCUCGUGACCCUGUGAAGUCUCUCGUGGCAGGAGCUCCAAGCAUCGUCAUCUUCCGUCUGGUGUUGGUCUCUCCUGCAAACCACCUGGUUCCUCCUGAGUCGGUUCCCCUCCCCUGGAACCCGACCAUCUCCGGAAAGUCACCUGGUUCCUCUCGCUGUCCUGGACAUCUGGAUUCCCCGGUGCUGCUCGGACCCGACCCCACCUUCGACCCACUGGUCUCCCGGACACCUGUGGCCACCAUCGUACAGCUAGCGCUGAGUCCUCACCGCUUCCUCCCCGGUCGGCCUUCCGUCCAUCGAGUGGUAAGCUUGCGUCCAGCAGCAGAUCCAGCUCAGUCAAACCAGUUCCCCUCCACGUUACCCCAGGCCGUUGAAAAGAUGGAGCUUAAAUGGGACAAGCUCUGUGGAGCAACAACGGAUGGAGCUCCGGCCAUGACGGGCGAGCCCAAAGGAAUGGCGUGGUUGGUGUGCACCAAGAGACACAACUACGAGGCUUUGAUGCUGCACACUUCCCUGCGCUGUCUGAAAUCACGUCUGCUUUUCAAAGGACGACCUUUCUUCUAG